GAGUCUCUUGUUUGCAUGCGGGAGCGGACGGGCGCAUGACAUCGCUGAUAUCAGCAUCUAAGGUGGAUGGGGGGAAAAGAGCGGGAGAUAAAUUAACUGAAGAGGCAGAGCGCUGGGUUGGAGAGCAGCGUUUCUGUGGCACUAAACCUGCCUACUGGACUAAACCGAAGGCUGUGCUGGGAGUGAGGGGUCGUGGGGUUUUGUUUAAGCAAAGUCUGAAAGUUUGUGCAAAGUUUUCUACAGAAGUCCAGGAUGAAGACCUACGGACAGUAGGGCUUUGUGUGGAUAUAUCUCCCCAACAAUCUUGCUUUUCUGGACUAGACUGGACUAAUUUUGCUCUUCCGAGCGGACAAAGGGCAGACGCAGGAAAAGGGGGGUAGGCGAAAAACCGGCACUCUUUGAACAGGGGGGGAAGUGGUGCUCUCCGCCCGAGGACCUGGCGGCCAUGACGGAGCCCAAAGCGGGCGCGGCCCCCGCCCCGGCGGGGCUCACCUGGGCGCAGGUGUGUAAGGAGUGCGGGCAGGGCCACGGCGGGCAGGAGGGCCACCUGUACGAGUACCAGGACGAGGUGGACGACGAGCUGGUGUGCCACAUCUGCCUGCAGCCGCUGCUGCGGCCCAUGGACACGCCCUGCGGCCACACCUACUGCUUCCUGUGCCUCAGCAGCUUCCUGCGCGAGCAGGACUUCUGCCCCGUUGACCGGCAGCGGCUGCAGCUGCACCAGUGCCGCGCCUCCAGCCUGCUGGUGCGCAACCUCCUGGACAAGCUGACGGUGCUCUGCCCCUUCCACGCGCACUGCCAGCAGCAGAUGCAGCGCUGCGAGCUGCAGCCACACCUGCACAACAGAUGCCCGGCGUUCCGGAAGCUCCGGGAGGAAGCGGAGAAGAGGAAGCGGCCCUCCUGGAACGAGUUGAAGGGGCGGGCGGAGGGGGACCCGGGCGCCGACGCCAAGCACCCCCCGACCCGCGCCGCGGCCCCCCGAGGCCCGGCCGACCCCGGGCUGGUCAACCCCGCCUUCGAGGAGAGCGAGGAUGAAGCCCCUCUGAGGUCCAGUCUGGUGGCGGAGGCGAACGUGGUGGAGCUCUACCGGGACGAGGCGGAGCAGGAGCUGGGUGUGCGCAUCGUGGGGGGGAAGGACACGCCCCUGGGCAACAUCGUGAUCCAGGAGGUCCUGCGGGACUCGCUCGCUGCCCGAGACGGCAAGCUGGCCCCCGGGGACCACAUCUUAGAGGUGAACGAUGUGAACGUGGCCUGUGUCCCUCACCGGCGGGCGAUCGCGGUGCUCCGCCGGCCCUGCUCUCUGCUCCGCCUCACCGUCAUGCAGGAGAAGGGCUUCUCCCCCCGAAACCCUCGCCCGGAGCACCACCCGCCGCCCCCCAGCACCACCACCACCACCACCACCACCCCCUCCUCCCACGGCCCGGCCCCCAGCGCCGUCAUCCAGGUCAUGCUGGUGAAGAGGGAGCGCUCCGAGCCCCUGGGCAUCAAGCUCAUCCGCAAGUCGGAGGAGGCCGGCGUGUUCAUCCUGGACCUGCUGGCCGGCGGCGUGGCCGCCAAGGACGGGAAGCUGCGCAACAACGACAAGGUGCUGGCCAUCAACGGGCAGGACCUGCGGCACGGCACCCCGGAGAGCGCCGCCCAGAUCAUACAGGCCAGCGAGGUGCGGGUGAACUUUGUGGUGAUGCGGCAGAAUGAGGUGUCUGAGGAGGGGGGCUCGAGUGGAGAGGGGCCGGGCAGGGGUUCCAGGAGAGUUCCGGACAUGCAGUACUUCAGACGCCGCUCCACCUACAUGAAGGACCCUCCGGGCGGGUUCUCCAGUCAGGAGAAGACGGUGAGCCUGAAGAAGGAGCCGCGGCUCUCCCUGGGCAUCACCAUCGCGGGCGGGCGGGACAGCCGCGGCAGGGUGCCCGUCUACAUCACCAGCGUUCAGCCCGUGGGCUGCCUGCACCGCGACGGCACCAUCAAGACCGGCGACGUUCUGCUGAGCAUUAACGGGGUGGACCUGACGCAGCUGACCUACAGCGAGGCGGUGUCGGUUCUGAAGGCCCAGACGGCCCAGUCCAGCGUGGUGCUGCGCGUGGUGCAGACCAUCACCGAGGGAGAGGAGGAGGAGGAGGAGGAGGAAGGCGACGCGGAGCACAAGGACGAGCUGGAGGUGCUGGACAACCCCCGGGAGGACGACCUCAACUGGGCCCCCCUCUGGACCCGCUGGCUGGGCCUGCCCAGCCACAUGCACUGGUGCCGGGACAUCGUCCUGCAGAAGACCAACGCGGAGAGCUGGGGCUUCAGCAUCGUGGGCGGGUACGAGGAGAGCCACGGCCAGCAGCCGUUCUUCAUCAAGACCAUCGUCCCCGGCACGCCCGCCCACUUCGACGGCCGCCUGAAGUGUGGCGAUGAGAUUGUGGCGGUGAACGGAGCCACCACCGUGGGCAUGAACAACUCCUCCCUCAUCCCGCUGCUGAAGCUGCAGAAGAACAAAGUCACGCUGACCGUGGUCUCCUGGCCCGGGAGCCUGGUGUAGGCAAACUCAUCCUCUCCGGAGAAAGGCCUGGGCACGUCUGGCCCACCACUGUUACUACACACUGUCAGUCAGUCCACUAAGCUUCAGUGUAGCGAUGAGAGGUUUCAUGGAUCUUACAAUGGGUGGAUAUGCAAUGAGCUGUUAAUCACUGACUUGUUUGAACAAAUCAGAUUUUAAAAAAAAUGUUUUAUUCCAAAGCAAACAGACGAUCCCAAUGAUUAGUUUAUCCGUGAAUCACUCGUAGCAAAUUGCUGCUCCGCCCAUGUCUGACGUCAUAAGCCUAGCUGUAACCGUUGCUACUUCAUUUACAGACCUCCACAACCGAGACUGCUGUCCCCGCUGUUCCCUUUCUGCGUACAGUAGGGCACGACCUUAAUUUAAAAUUUUAAACGCUGUUUCGCAGCCAACGUCUGCUGUGAAUUUUAAUUGACUGCUGGUUUUGCACUUUGUCCUCCCUCGCUUGUUAGAUCAGCAUUGAUUUCCUCUGUGAGUCGCUGCUUAAGGAGGGGGGGGGAGUGGGGUGGAGAACAUUUGCUAUUUUUGUCAUAUUCAAAUAGCGGCUGAAUGUGUAACCGCGGAGCAAAUCUGUGUGCUAGACCGGCUUGUUUUUUACCAAAAUACUUUCAGGUAAACUGGAGGGGAAAAGUAGGUCCGACUGGUUUGAAAACAAACUGACAUUUCGUUGAAUGCGUCGGGCACGCGCACGUGUGCGUAUGUGUGUGCGCACGUGUGCGUGCCAUUUUAUAUUUGUACAGGUGUAUAGUUAGCGACGGGUUACACCAUGGCUGUAGCUCCGCCUCAUGUCCCUGAGAGAGGGAAGGCAUCGGUUCUGUGUGAACGACAUGGACGCAGUACCUCCAGCAUACUGCCCUGAUUGCCCCCAUGGAGGGGCGCUCCGCUCCACCGCAGAGCAGUCCUCCUGGCGUUCAGACCUUGUAGCUCUCUUAGUUGUGUUUAUAGACUCGUUUCCUGUUUCCACCAAUGAGCCCCACUGAUUUAUUUUUCUAUGUGCUGACGAACGACAGCCAGUUUUAAGCAUUUUACGUGGCACAAACACUAUAGCUGUGCACAUUUCACAGUUUUCCUUCUUUUCUUUUUUUUUGUCAACUUUGUAGUUAUUGUAUUAUAUUAUAAUCUGGAACCUAAAGACUGCUACAAUGGAAAAUAUAAACAAUCAAAAAAAUGUAUGAAUGAAGUAUAACCAAGUGAUGUGGAGAAGUGAGGUUUUUCAUUUGAUGUAAAACCUUGAACUCUUUGGGAUGAGAAGAUACCAAAGUCUCAUAAUGAAGUAAACCUCUCCAGCUAAUCAUAACUGAUUUAUUAUUACAGUUAAAAUUACUGUGGGUAUCCUUGUUUCUUGUGAAAAUGUUAAUGGCCUGUUUUUUUUGGUUUCUGUUGAUUGUUCAUGAGCAUACUGUACAUGCACUGUACUGUAAUUGUUUGGCUACCUAACUGUUCUGUGCAAUGUGUUCUUUUGAAUGUUUCAACGAAUCGGGUGCCUUGUGUCUACAAAAAGACGAAUCAAUAUUCACCUGCCUUAAGUACCACAAAACCAAAAAAUGCCAUCAAUGUUUUUCCCUGACAUUGAUGACUGGAGCAACCAUAUGCUGAUGUAUCAUCUGGUUCAGUUUUCCCAGGAAGGGUACAACUGCAAUGGGAAUCGCAAAGCAGUUGCUUUCAAGGAACUGGAGACUUUGAUUAAAUAGCACUACGUGUAUUUUUUGACUUCUAAGCAUUGUCUUCUGUGAUUGAUCUUAAGUGUGAGGGAUCAGAAGCUCCCAUAUACUACUUCGUCAGUCUGCUCUCUGAGCAGACGCUACACGUUUGUAUGACCAAAAUGUCAGCAUACAGUCCUCAGAAGCAGAAGGGAGCUUCUUCUGGUUGUGUGAUUCACGUCUCUUUAAAUAAAGUCAAAUGCAUUACUUUUAAA